AUGUCUAAAAAUAUAACGGCUGAGAAUUUUGAAGUUCUGAUAGCAAACAUUCUGGACAAAUCGAAUGAUAUUUUGUUAAAAUGCAUUGAUAAAGUUAUGGAUAAAUCAAACGAAAACUUAGAAAUGAUCAUUGAGAUCUCCAACAAAAAUUUGGCAAAAACAAUGGAGAAAUGUAUGUCAAACUCCGUAACUGACUGCAUGAAAGAACUGCACUCAGCCAUGUCAACACUUGGCGCCAGCGUUUCCAAAAGUCAACAGCAGGGGGUCAAACUCAAUAUAUCUCCAAUGCUAGAAACAAUGACUAUGGCCUUGUGGACAGUGGAACGGGGGAAAAAAGAUGAAGAACGUCGGUCACAAAAGCUCAGAAUCUGCGUCACACUAAACAGUUUGUCAGCAGCUGAAAAUCUGAUUGCAUCGUCAAAGAUUUUUCGUUCAUUUCCAGCUACAAAAAAUGUUUUCAUCAUCUCUGGCCUUUCUAAGAGGCAGGCAGAGCAAGCUUCUCUGAUGAGAUAG